AUGUUCUUCAGGAGUAUUCUUCCUGCCCUGGCAGGUUUGUCUCUCGCUGCUGCUGCCCCGGCGUCCGUUGAUCGAGAUGCAAGGAGGGCCCUCGAGAGAGAGGAACUUCCCAUGAAGCGGGAUGUUAUCAUCGAGCAGACCGUGGUGGAGCCCCAGAUUGUGGUCAUAAAUCAGAACCUGGGCGCCCUCGAAGCUCUGGCAGUUCAGGCCGAGCAGGAAUUUGCUGCUCUGGUCCAGUCCCAACUACUCUUGAUCAACACGGUCGAGACCAUCAAGAACAACAUCCGCAUCAACCACUUCAAGACACGGUGGAACACCGUGAACACUGUAAUUGUGACAGUGACCAACGUCGUUGACGCUCGGGAUCCCAAUAACCUCAAUACGCGUUACAUGGUCAACCAGCUCAAGGCCGACAACAACAAUCCCGCAUCUGAGAUCCUCGUCAUGAUGACAGCCGCUGAACCGCUCACCAUCGCCCCAGUGGCCACCCCCACAGGCCUUGACAUCCCCGGCGUUUCGGGCGUCGGCAGCCUGGUCUCGCAGCCCACCGCCCAACCCCAAGUCGCCCAGACAGACCCGACCCAGGCCUUUGCGCAGGCGGCCAACGGAUCUGUUCUCCUCCCCUUCAACACCACGGCGCCGCAGCCGCCGUCGGGCGCACAGCUGUUCCCGGACCCGGCCGCCAUCAUCCUGCCGAACCAGGCCCUGUUUGUGGGCGAUGUCGCCCUCAUCCAGGAGGACGCCGCCCUCCUGGCGCAGGGCUCGCUCUUCAACCUGCAGCAGCAGCUCCUGGCCCAGGAGGCCAUCGCCAAUGCUGAGCUUGCUGGUGUAGUCCUGGGCACAGCGCCGCCGCCGACUAUCAUUGUCAACCAGGCUAAUGCACAGCCGGCCCCGGCGGCGGCCCCGGCGGCAGCCCCUCCGGCAGCCCCUCCGGCAGCCCCUCCGGCAAACUCCACGGCUCCUUAG